AUGUAUUCUCCACAGUGCCAUGGACCGUGUCUGUCUGCCUCAACGGUGCGAAACAGUUCUGUCAUGCAUUCACCAGUCUCGUCGGAUCGUUCAUCAGAUGCUUCCGCUGAAGCCGGUACCUCGCGCCAACGAAUCGUAACAUCUUUCGAUCAAUCCUACUCCCACCGAAGACCUCUAUCACCUCGAUCCCAGCGCCCACGAACCCCGGCUGGCUUGCCCCAGAGCGUAGUAGGCUCGAGUCGACUAAAGCGUCGGGCAUCACAAGGCUCUCUUUUCAACAAACCUUCUCCGGUUUCCCGCUUUCUAUCUCGCAGCACCGCUGCCUCACACCCACCAUUCCUUGAUACAACCGGCUCGGUCAGUCGAUCUGCUGAAUUCCGACCGCAGUCCCUCGAUUCACGUCUGCACAUUUCCACCGCAUCGAGUUCGCUGGCGGCUCGAUCUACCCAGUCCACUCCUUCAGCAGAGUGGACUUCGACAGACAAGGACGACUACCCCGCCGUCCUUCCUCCAACACCUCCCGAAGACGACGACCAUAUCGCUUGGAGCCCUCGGAACAACAUGCUAGUCUUUGAAUCACUCAACCAGGGGCCUGGCCUAAUGCACAUGGAUCAGGGCCCGAAUAUGGAUAAUGCAUCUGGAAGCGGACCAUCCGACACCUUAGGCAGUCCGUCUGAUAAUAUUUCACCGUCAAGUUCAGGCGGAAGCCCCAGAUCAUCUGGUGGUGACAUGGAUUGCGACGACAACUCCUGGCUGGAAAACAGCAUUCAAACAACAGUUUCAUCGCUGCCGUUCUCAAAUGCUCGAGGAGAAGCCGCCAAAGUCGUCUACCAAAUGCUUCCCUAUCCGUGCCCUGCAGAUAAGCCCACGGGCACUGAAGUCAACGAGAGCGUCUUCUGUUCAGUCGUCCAGGCGGUGCAGCAUCGCCUACAACAUGGGCAGUCGCCUUAUAUCAAUGUUACCCACGCAGUUCCGGAACAAUUCAGUCUCUCGAACCUACCUCACUCUCCCCCAAGCACACCUCACUCUCUCUUCCCCUCGGACGACUACUUCAAACCCACUGCUGUCUUUUCCAGCGCCGCCGUUGUGUCCGCGUACCACGAUUUCCGAGGGCCUAUACAAGCCAAGACACCGCAUUUCCCGGUACCGAUCGUCCCGCCAUUCAGCGUACAUAUCUCGGUAUUAGAACGUUACCUCCCGCCGUCCUCCUCCCAAGAAUACAAAGACCUCUUCACGCCCAACCGACCGUCAUUUCUCGUGGAUCGAUUGAGUGAACUUUCACCCGAUGGAGGCUCACUUCUUUUCAUUUACCCCACUAGACGUGGUGCUUCGACCUUCAAGUCACAAUACCUCGGACCCAUCCUCGACCCCUUGCUGCGGCAGCUGGUUGUCGUGAACGAGCUAUCAGCAGAAAUUGGCCGCUAUCUCGGCAAGGUUUCGGCGGUCGCCCACAUGGAUGAUUUCGAUACCAUGCGUGAGAACAUCGAACAGCUUUGCGGUACACUGAGCUCAUCCUCGUCGCGGUUCAAUAUUGUGGAUUCUCGCAAAGGCAGCGUCCGCCUUGAUCGAAAACUAUGGUCAGAGUGGUAUAUUCACCAGGACAAAACCAGGAUGAAGGAGGUGAUCAGUCUCUAUUGGCAGAAUAGCCGUCGUCUUCCAGCGUCGAAGUCGGUAUUGAAUACCUCCAGCUAUCAUCGCCUGGAGGACAAAGAAGUGACAUCUGCCAUGUUGCUCAGUGAGAUUCUCGAUGGUAUUCGGAAACGACCGUACGGCGAAGAGAUGGAGCCUCGAGACGGAAUCGAACUUGGAAUCUUUGUCAUCCGUCGAUCUCACUAA